GUUUAGCACAGUCCAAUACGCCGAACUUCACGCAGCUGUGGAGUAGUGUAAAUUGUUGUCCAAAACACGCCUAAAGUACAUCAUUUCCCUCUAUUGUUUUGUCAGUUAUCGUAAAUUAUUUCCAUUCCUGACAGUCCAGAAGGACAUAGUUGCUUUAGUUUGAUUACAUUUGAAGCAGACGGGCUUGUUCGCUAGACCACGUUUUGCACCGGCAAACUAGCACCAUGUUGACAAACAAAGUGUUUAUGAAAAAAACCAAGCGCGGUAACAUUCUGAAAAUUGUCCGCGAGCACUACCUGCGGGAUGAUAUCUGGUGCGGUUCUGCAGUCUGCCAUAAGUGCCCUUUGGAAGAGAAUGCAGUACUGCUCGAGGACGUUCCGAAAUCCGUAAGCGACCGGUUUACCUUUCCGCACUAUCUGCUGCUGGAUACGAAUAUUAUACUCUACCAGAUGGAUCUGCUAGAGGAGAGUGCAAUCCAGAACGUGAUCAUUCUCAACACGGUGCUGGAUGAGGUGAAGCAUCGGAGCGCAGUAAUUUAUAAGCGUUUGCGGGCGAUACUGUCUAAUCCAGAGCGAAAGUUCUACACCUUCGUCAACGAACAUCACAAGGAUACGUACGUGGAGCGUAUGCCCGGUGAAUCGGCAAACGAUCGAAAUGAUCGUAUGAUACGAACGGCGACGGAAUGGUACGAGAAACAUCUACGUCAGGAAAAGGGAAAAAAUGCACAUAUUCGUAUCGUACUGCUAUCGGACGAUGCAGAUAAUAGGGCCAAAGCGGCCGACCUCGGUCUGAGCACGUGUUCCGCUGCCGAAUACAUGGAAGCUGCUAAGGAGAAUUACGCUCAUCUGCUUGACAAGAUUGCUCAGCGUGAGGUAGUUUGCGCAUCGAAAGAUCCACUCUUUCCAUCGCAUCUGACCGUUAUGCAGGUGCACGAAGGCAUCAAGAAUGGAAAGUUGAUGCAGGGUGGUUUUUUGGCAUCGCGAGAAAAUUACCUCGAAGGGUAUGUGCGGGUUGAAGGCAUUGAGAAAGCGGUACUCAUUCAGGGACGUAUGAAUCUGAACCGUGCCGUCGAUGGGGAUGUAGUGGCCAUCGAAAUGCUGCCCGAGAGUGAAUGGAAAGCCCCGAGCGAUGUGGUGCUAGUGGAUGAACAGAACGAUCCGGGUGAUAUGGUAGAACCGGAUCCGACAUUCAGCGUGAAACCACAGGCAGAGCGUGAACCAACAGCAAAGAUAGUUGGCAUUAUUAAACGGAAAUGGCGCCAGUACUGUGGAAUACUGAUACCCAGUCAUAUCCAGGGCUCAACACGCCACAUUUUUGUACCGGCGGAACGGAAAAUUCCACGUAUUCGCAUCGAAACGCGUCAGGCAGCGACGCUCUUAUCCCAGCGUAUCAUAGUUGCGAUAGACCAGUGGCCACGACAUUCGCGCUAUCCACAGGGUCAUUUCGUGCGUGCUCUCGGACCGAUCGGUUCGAAGGAAACGGAAAAUGAAGUUAUUUUGCUGGAGCAUGACGUGCCGCACAAUCGUUUCUCGGAGGAUGUACUCGCCUGCUUGCCGCAGAUGCCAUGGGUAAUCAGAGAUGAAGAUUUAAAGCGCCGUGUAGAUUUGCGUGGCAUUACCAUCUGCUCAGUGGAUCCGCCCGGAUGUACGGAUAUUGAUGAUGCGCUGCACGCACGCCGCCUACCUAAUGGGAACAUUGAAGUGGGAGUUCACAUUGCGGACGUUAGUCACUUCAUUCGACCGGGCACAGCGCUCGACCGGGAAGCUGCGGGUCGAGCCACAACCGUUUAUUUGGUCGAUAAGCGUAUCGAUAUGGUGCCGGAGUUGCUCAGUUCCAACCUUUGCUCGCUGCGCGGUGGUGAGGAACGAUUCGCAUUUUCCUGUAUCUGGGAGCUGGACGAUGAGGCAAACAUAAAGCACACAAAGUACCACAAAAGUGUGAUCAAGUCGAAAAAUGCACUCACGUACGAAGAGGCACAAAUCAUCAUCGAUGAUGCGAAGCAAACCAAUGAGGUGGCCACUUCAUUGCGAAUGCUGAACAGCCUCGCUAAAAUCUUGAAAAAACGGCGCACGGAGAAAGGGGCCCUGGUAUUGGCUUCGCCGGAAAUUCGUUUCCACGUAGAUAGCGAGACGCAUGAUCCAAUCGACGUGAAGGCUAAGCAACUGCUGGAAACGAACUCGAUGGUGGAGGAAUUCAUGCUGCUCGCGAACGUUUCGGUAGCGGAGAAGAUCGAAAAAGAGUUUCCCGAGUGUGCGAUGUUACGUCGCCAUCCGUGUCCUCCCCAAUCGAACUACGAGCCACUGGUUAAGGCUGCACAGCAUCAGGGCUUUGAGAUUGUAACGACAAGCGGUAAGGAACUGGCAACCAGCUUAGACAAUGCAGUAAAGCGCGACAAUCCAUACUUCAACACCAUGCUGCGCAUACUGGCCACGCGUUGCAUGAUGCAAGCCGUCUACUUCAUCAGUGGCACUUUGCAGCAGGAUGAAUUUUUCCACUAUGGUCUGGCGGCUCCAAUCUACACCCACUUUACGUCUCCGAUUCGUCGUUAUGCUGACAUCAUUGUGCACCGUCUGCUAGCGGCUUGCAUCGGUGCUGAUUCUACCUACCCAGAGCUGCUGGACAAAAAGAUUAACUCUAACCUGUGCAACAAUCUAAACUACCGCAACCGAAUGGCGCAGUACGCCGGUAGAGCGUCUGUUGCUCUACACACUCAUCUGUUCUUCCGCAAGCGAUCGGAGGAUGAGCAAGCGUACAUCUUAUUCAUUCGGAAGAACGCCCUCCAGAUACUGGUGCCAAAGUAUGGAUUCGAGGGUACGAUUUACGUGACGGGGCGAAAUAACGAAGAAAUCAAGACGGGCGUACGGUUCGUGUACGACGAAGAACGACAGACGCAGCGUUGUGGAAAUGUCGUAUUCCGGGCGUUCGAUCCCGUCGUAGUACGGUUAAGCUUGGAUUCGACAAAUGUGCAGCACGAGAAGCUUGUGUUUGAACUGGUGGAACCAUACAUUGAAGGGUUCAGCAUAAAACCAGACGGCAUGGAAGAUGAAGCACCGAAAAGGAAAAGCGAUCAGACUCCUACGAAAUCGAAGAAGAGUAAAAAAGCUAAGUAAGUCGAAUGUUGAUGUAAGAAGUUUCUGCCGUACACCCGGGGGUUUUGAAUAAAUCGUAAUAAAAUAACAAAAAAAUUGUUCGUCCUUUUUUCACAAAAA